AUGGCGAAGACGUACGACUAUCUGUUCAAACUUUUGUUAAUAGGCGAUUCGGGUGUUGGUAAAACCUGCGUUCUUUUCAGAUUUUCAGAAGAUGCUUUUAAUUCAACAUUUAUAUCAACGAUAGGGAUAGACUUUAAAAUAAGAACUAUAGAAUUAGAUGGGAAGAAGAUCAAAUUACAGAUAUGGGACACAGCCGGACAAGAGAGGUUCAGAACCAUCACCACAGCAUACUACAGAGGAGCAAUGGGUAUCAUGCUGGUAUAUGAUAUUACAAAUGAAAAAUCCUUUGAAAAUAUUCGAAACUGGAUAAGAAAUAUUGAAGAGCAUGCCUCGUCAGAUGUGGAAAAAAUGAUAUUAGGAAACAAAUGUGAUAUGAACGACCGGAGGCAGGUGUCAAAGGAACGAGGGGAACAGCUUGCGAUAGAACACGGUAUAAAGUUCAUGGAGACUUCAGCCAAGGCCAGCAUUAAUGUGGAGGAGGCUUUCUUUACUCUGGCUCGAGACAUCAAAGCUAAAAUGGACAGAAAAAUGGAAGCAUCAAGCCCACAAAACAAAGGGGGAGGUUACCAGCUAACGAAAAAGGAAUCUACACCGAAGAAAUCAGGCUGGCGCUGUCAACUAUUAUGAUUGGACAAAAGUAUCGUGUGAUCAUAGUUGAGACUUUAUCAUAAGGGUUUUCACAGGUGGAGCGCCACAUCACUAAAAGUAGCUUUCCCAGUGCUGAUGAAAGUUUAUAACAAGCAUUUUCAUGGGACGAAAAGAGUUACUAUAUGGCACUCAUUGGAGGAGCAUUUCAUCACAAUCGUUUUCAUUGGCAGGGCCAGUGCUGUGUUACGAGCCUUUCCAUUGGUGGAUUUGUAUAAAACUGGCACUCUCAUUGGAUAAUCUGGUGGAGUACAUGUGCAUGAUUGUAGAGGUUUCACUCACCUUAUGUAUGGAAAUGAAACUGGUUUAGUGUCAGAUGUGGAUGAACACCAUAGCAUGUAAUAUGUGACCAUCCCUCCGUUGUAAAUGGGAAAUUCCCUGGGGAAUUCCCCAAAUCUGUCUAACUUGUUCAGAAUGUUUUAUGUAUAAUUUUUUUUUUUUUAUCAUCCCACCUCCAAGGACACGUAAAUAUUACCCUGAAUACUAAAAGCACAGGGCUAAGCUGGUGUACUUGGUCCAUGUCGCAGCAGUCCGUUUUUCAUGGUAGAAAUAAUUUUUAAAUCCCAUUAAAUGCGGACAACCAGACAUCACUUUCUAAAUUUCAAUUCCUGUGCUUCCUAGGCUGUGGCGUAAUGAAGACAUAGUCAAGUCCAUUCGGACACGAACAAGAAGAAGGUUGAAUUCUGUUUCAUUUAGCUUGACACAUUAUACCCCACAGUAACCUCCCUUUGUAUAGAGACAUUGCUGUUUUUUGAUGAAGUUGAACAUGCUCCUUUACAUCACUUCCACCACAAGCAAAGUUUGUGCAGAAAUCUUGAACCAUGCCAAAGGUCACUGGGGUCACAGUCAUGAGGCAGGAAGUGAUGUCAGAAAACACACGCAUAUCAGUGGUGAGGCUAAGCAUGAACAAGUCCACAUCUCAGCUUUGUCUGGUUGUGGCAGUGAUGUAAAGGGAACGUAGAGAGCGGGACAUGGAUGUAAGGAGUGUAAGAUUUGAGUUGCUGUACAGUGUAGCGCAGGUUCAUUACGGUGCUGUCGAGUCAUUCCGUGAAGUGGAGGGACGUCGGUCAGCAGCUGUAGCCUUUCAACUCAUGUAUUGUUUUGUAUUGAAUCUGUACCAUGUUCUUCUUUACACAUACAGUAACUUAAGAAGCAUUGUUGUUGCUUUGAUGCGUGCUCACCUGUGUAUUUUUUUUUUAAUCAAAUCUCUCUCUGUCUUUAUGCAUGUCUUUUAUGCAGAAAAGACUGAAUUAGUGAAUUGGUGCUUGCCAUAAUUGUGCUGUGUAGAAUCCUUUGCUUCUAACCCCAGUAGUGUUUGUCACAGACACACACAUGUAUCCUUGCAUGGCUGGACGAUUGAACUGCAGAGCAUCUGAUUCAAAUGAUAUAAAUCAGUGUUACCAGCUGUGCAACAACAACAAAAAUCUGU